AUGCCGGGUAACCGCGACCGCCCCCCUCCCCCGACCCAGGAAGGAGUCAGUAUUUGGAGGCGGUUGUCUUCACCGAAAGCACUGCUUGCCAAAGCACCCGGACCCGCGGUGGCAGCGGCAGCGGCGCUACCCACCCUCCACAACAACAUCCACCGAACCAGCGAGCCAUCGAGCCGCAGGCCCCUGGGACGCCGAAAGGAGGCUGUUUGUGUACUGCGGCUGCCCAGUGAUUCUGGAUCUUGUCUUCUGGCCGGCGCCUCGAUUCCUGCCCAGCUGGAUUGGGGGGCAACACUGCCUGGCUCAGGGACGAGAGCGAAUAAGACUACGAAGAAGCAUAAAAUGAAUAGACAAUCCAACCAGCCAAAGAGCCGGGGCAGCAGCACGCCAGCAAGACGGCAUCUUCUCCUCCCCAGCCUAGAAGCCCUGUGAAAUCGAGGAUCUUCCCCCUAAAACACACACACACAAGAUAUGUGCAGUCAAGCUGCCACCGCUUGGUAAAAAGCUCAUGGUGCCUAACCCAAAAGGAUCCGGAGCAGAUCCUUGAAUCAGCUGUCACUUCUUCUAUAGAAUGGGAUUUUUUUUUUCCCUUCCUCCUUAACCUGCGCUGGAAAUUGCUGUUGGCUUUAUACGUCUCUAUAGAGGGAGGCUAAGGAGUCUGGCGUGAGAAGGAAGCAAUUUACAAUGCAAAUAGAGGCCUGUGAAGGGACGGAUAUGCUGCUUACUCUUAACCGCUUGCUGCACCUUAAUAGCUGGCUUUAUUUUCUGGUAUUAAUAGAUGAAUUGUUGGCUAACGCUGCCGGAGAUUACUUGCUGAAAGGAAAAAAAAAAGUUCGGAAUAAACUUUGAAAGCAACAGCUCUCGUUUGGAUGUCUAGCCGCACACACAGACAGAAACCAGGUCAUAUUUACAUACAAGGAGGAAUCUUUUGCGCGGCAAAGUAUCCUGGAGGACUACUUACUCUUCGGUACUGCCAGAAAGAUCUGGAUCUGGAGUCUGGGCAGAAGAAGACAGAGGCUGUGAGGGAAGCGAGUUGUUAUCUUUGGUUAUCUAGCUGUAUGAGUGUAUUGGUCUUCAUAAAGCUAGAUAACCGAAAGUAAAAACUCCUUCAAGAUCGCCGGGGAGCGUGCGAGAAUGAACUGCAACCAAGAGACAGUAAAAACCAGAAAGGUCAGGAAUACUUAUUGAAUCUAACUUUGUUUCUGUGUUUGUUUUUCCCUUAUGACGAAAGGUGGGAUUAGAGGAAAUUGACACACGUAUGCCAAAACAUUAAGGUGCAGAUAUUUUGUGAGGUUGUUACAGCUGCAAAGAGUUGUAUAGUGCUAAUGAGUAAAGAGGCACAUGUAGUUUGUCCUACUUUAAGGUAAAAGUUUAUAAAUGGAGGGUUUUUGUUUUUCCUAGAGAGCUGUUGUAGAGAUGUCUGGUACCUAGUUUGAAUAUGAUUCCAUAUAUGUAGACUUAGGCUAUUCCUUAACGAGGUCCCUCCCCUGAAAAAUUUGAAGAUUAUGCUUGGAAACUGCAUGUAUGUUGUAUGUCAAAUUAUAUGAAAUUAGACUUUCAGAAGAGUUUAUACUGGAAUGUUAAUAAUCUGUAUCUACUGAGGACAUAGAGCUAGGAAGGAAAAUGCAAAAAAAAAAAAAAAAAGCAAA